AUGUCUACCUUUGAGAGAUUCUUCCAGAAGCAACUCGGUGACGAGUUUCUUGCCUUGGCACAGAGGUUGGAAAUUGCUGUAGCUAAUCAUUGCGACGACCGUCACUCUACACUCGACCUUGUUAUCCAGGAUGGAGGCCUCUCUCUUAACGCAAUUUAUACUUUACAAUUUGCACAACAUGUGCUUGGAUGGACGGGCAAUAACUUGGAGAUAUCUGGCUAUAUCUUUGACGAAUUGGGUGCUACUAGCUCCGAGGAACUCGCCUCACUGUUGUUCCCCCGUUCUCAGUUUGGUGGUGGCAUGAGACGAAAUCCGAGCAAUGUACCCGUGGCACUCACAGCAGAGGCUGUGGAAUCCCUCUACUUAAAAUUCUUCGAGGAUCAGCAGUUACUCGUAAUGCUGAAUUGCCUCGUAUUUACUCUUCUUGGGAACGGAAACGCCAAUGACCCUGAGCUGCCCAAAUAUGUUUCCCAGCAGAUGAUCAAACUCGAUGAUCAAACUCCGCCACCAUCUGAUACAGAUCUUGCUGAAGGCUUGGAAGUAUUCAAAUCGAUCAUCGUGCUAUGCCGAGUGGUCCAGGACCUAGAGGAUGUGCCUCUUUUGCAUAAAGCUGGUUUUGAUUCGGUCCGCCAAAUCACCCAGCAAGUCAAAAAGGACUUUUCAGCCAAGAUGGUGGAUGUUGGAAUGGCACUUGAGAAUGCCCUUCGGAUCCAUGAUUGCGCAGAAUCUGACUUUGUUCCCAUAUCAAAAGCUAGGCCGAACAUCCUCAAUCCAGGCGGCUCUCCCAACCGCCCGCUCAACAACCUGACAGACAUCUUCAAGCUUGAAGACUCGGGUUGUGAGGAGUGCUGCUCCGUCACUGGUCUUUGUGCUUAUCUUGCGGAUCUACUCCUCUUUCUCCGCAACACAAAGACUCCAAAGAUAAAUUCUCCAGACAGGAAAAGCCUUGAGAUAUAUGGGAGCCGUAACGAUACAUUUAUGGCCCAGGAUCUUCUACAACUACUCUUCAGUCGGCGCCCAGAUAUCAGGAAGCUAGAACUUACCUGGGCCAACUCCCAGACCCUUCUUCCAUACAUCAGUCUGGUCACCGAAGUCCUUGAAUCCUAUAUCCGCUCGGUGGAAGUACCACCUCUUGCUCCAAGUGAUUUACUUGAAGAUUCGAUCCGGGCGUACCAGACUCCUGCCAGUCUGGAUGAAAGCGGUGAUGAAGAUUCGCCGGAAUUUCAGUAUCGCCCUGCCAACACAGAUUAUGAGGUUUACCAAAAACUCAUAUCUCGUCCCAUGUACCCUCUGACAAACUUUCCUUAUGACCUUUCUCGCGAUAUCACGCUCUCUGCAUUUGGAGUUUGGGACAUUGAGUUUGCAGAUUUCGUGAGGCUAUUCAGGUCACCUGAACAACUUCUGGCUCGAGUUUUCUCUGCUGCGAACGGGCGCAUAGAUGAAAGUCUCCGUGAAGCCCUUGAAAAGGGCCCCGAGGAGAUUCUUGAUCGCCAAUAUGCUGCAGAAGUUCUCGGUCUUCAGCCUGCUGAGUUUUGGGCAAUUACGAAUGAGACAUCUUUCCCCAGUGCUUGGACUGACGUUGUGAAUGGACUCUCUCCUACCGCUCUCAAGAUCGACAAGGCUCUUAUCAUUGAAACAUCUGCCCUAUGGGGUUUCGAUGAUGAUGAUGAAAUGCUUGACGUUGAGCGUGGUCUGUCAUUGAUCAAGAACAAACUCAUGGCUAAUUCUGGCCUCACGUUCCAGGAUAUCAUGGACUUGCCUCUGACUAAUGAUCUGGCCUUUCAGCUGCAGGCUUUCAUAAGGCUCAGGCAGAAAUUGAAAUGGUCUAUUGCAGAUCUUGAUGCUGCCAUUGUUGCCUUGCGCAACUUGGAACUCGGCACUGUCGCUGAUGCAUCACGCCCAAAGCGCCCAGAUUUUCUUCCUCGUGGCCGUGAGCGUGAGAGAUACAACGUAUCUCCUCUUGUCAGACCUGAUGAUGAAUGGCAAACCAGCCUGUCUGAGAUACCGGCAAUAACACCCUUCGUGAUCAAGGGAAUCGCUUCUCUCAAGAGGCUGAGUGAGAUUUCAGGAUUUGAACCCGUAGAACUCACGGUGUUGUGGGCACCGCUGAAUACAUAUGGCGAUAAAUCUUUCUUCUACCGACGAUUCAUGACCCGAAGGCUUCAGCAAAUCGACAGUAUCUUCUCUCUCCAUAAGGAUAUAUCAACCGGUUCGAUACGAUUCUUUACUCCGGAAGGAAUCGUUACACAUGUUCGUGACCAUUCUCGGGGUAUCUGCGCGGCUUUGAACUGGCCUUCAGCCUAUUUUGACUCUCUUGUCACAGCUGCGGGAUGCACAAGCAAGAGGCUUGACAUCGAGUCAUUUUCAAGCAUUUAUAGAUAUGUCCUGAUCUGUAAGAUCAUUGGAGUUUCUGCGAAACAGUGCAAAGGCUUCUUUGAUGUCUUCUUUGCUGAGAAUCCUCAUAUCUUGUCUAGUACAAUAGCAACAGUGGAGGCCAUUGAGAGAUGGAAGUUUCUUCUUGCCUCAGGUUGGGACAUUGAAUCCCUGGUCGAUCUCUUGGUCAAGAACAGACAGGUUGACGAAAAUCAUACAAGGGCUGCCAAUGAGGCUGCGGUACGUUAUGUGCUCGAGAUUUCUUCUGGAGCUCGGGGCAUUCUUCAAUCGGUUCCAUCCGCUGUCCCAGGAAGCGUCCAAGGCGUAGAUCAUGUUGCUGACUGCGCGAAUCGUAUUUUUGAUGCAUCAGUGGCGCAAGCCGUGGUCGAAUUAGUUGAAAACUCCCGACCACUAAGCCAGGCAGUUUUGAUACGCAUGCCGUUGUUACAGGAGCUCAGUGAAGCUCUUUUUAAGCUGCCAGACGCUGAGACACUCUACAUCUCUCAGCCUGAUAGUCAAGAUCAUGACACAGACAGUGAUGAAGAUGAUGAAGACUCUAAGCAAGCGGCCAAGUUGGAAGCAGCCAGGCUAGCUGCAGAGAAAUCGAGUCUCGAAGCUACAAUUCGACUUAGAAGGAGAAGAAGUACUUUCAUUGAGUUUGCAAUUCCAAGAAUCACAGAAGGCCUUUUGGAUGCCUUUCUUGUCAACAGCAUUCAAAAAGCACUCCCUGAUACGGAGCCUGCUUUGAUUCCUGUCCUUUUGCACGAUCUUAUCUCGAUCCCAACUCAAGAUGGCGAAGCCAGUCAGUCGGCCUUGUCGGCCCUUAGAGACCUCACCAAGCCAAACAGCGAGGCCGUAACUUCAGAGUGUAUAGAUGGUUACUUCAGCCCACCAACCUCUGAUGUUUACACAUUCAGCUGCUCUGGAGUCCACAAUACUACACAGCCUUCCUUAUCAGUCAACAAUCUGGACCUUCAAUAUGAUACAGACUCAGAGUCAUUCACAGAAAUCCGUUUGACUGUCGGCAAACCCUAUCGUUUGAGAUGCAACAUUGGUAACAAAUCUUUAACAUGGUCAACAACAAAGGCUAGCCCUUCACCUUUGACAGAAGCGGUUCUCAUGUCGACCUCCAUCGCUGCUCGUGCUGAUCUCAUCAUCGGUACAGUCAAGAGAAUAGCCCAAGUAUGCGAUGGACAAUGUCUGACCGUUGAUGAGCUACAAUAUAUUGCGCUUAAUCAGAACAAGCCAGGUCAAACACUAGGCCUAAACUUCAACAAACUCACGUUCACUGACCUCUUCAACUUAUCAAAGUACACUACAAGCUGGGCAGAUGCCACUGGCUGGGAUAAGACUCGGGUUCUGGAAGCUCUGCAAGCCAAAUUCCCAGAUCUGUCCACUGGGGCAGUCAUGAGCUCUUUGACAGAUUUCUACCAAUUCCUGAACUUUGCUGAUAUAAUGGCCUUCGAUGAAAAACUCAAGAUAUCCUGCACUGGUGGAACCUUGCCCACGAUGUUCACCCGGAGUAAGUGGUCCUGGAUGCAACAUUAUACUCUCUGGGAGGCACAUCGUAAGCUCUUCUUAUACCCCGAGAAUUGGCUAGAGCCCUCACUACGUGAUGACAAAAGUCAACUCUUUGAGAAGGUUGAGACGGUUCUAAUGCAGAAGAAUCUUACUGUUAGCACCUUUCUUGGGGCUAUCCAGGAUUACAUCUAUGAUUUGAACGGUAUUUCAAGCCUUGAUAUAGUGUCAUAUCUCCACGAACCUCACAAGGGAGCCGAGGAUGUCUUUCACCUAUUUGGACGCACCCGCACAGCGCCACAUACCUUCUACUACAGAAAAUUGACAGUCUAUGCGACAGAUAGAUCUGUCUUCUGGCAGCCGUGGACAAGUAUAGACUUGGAUAUACCCUCAGUGGAGGCCGACUGGGACUCGAAGCGUCUUCAAAGCAGUGGGGCUUACCUGGUGCCGAUCUUGCUACAGGAUAGAUUGUACAUCUUCUUCCCGCAAAUCGCAGUCACUACGAGCCAAUCGAUACUGCAACCUUCCGGAAGUCAGUCAAUGACUUGGACGCAAAUGGGCAGUUCUUCAGUAGCUGGACAGUCACCAAAAACGUCAUGGGAGAUUACCAUGGCCUGGAGUGCGUAUGUCAAGGGAAGUUGGUCUCCCAAGCGUAUAUCACCUGGAAGUCUCAAAAUCGAGCCCAGCAAGCUCCAAGAUGCAUCAGGUCAAGCCCAAGGACAAGACAGGCUGCCGUCCGCCUGGGAGUUCCGUAUAGACCCUCUUUACGAAGCCAAACGGGUCCGGCUUGUCAUCAGCUACGCUCCCGAGACAAAUCUCAUCGGAGAGGUUGUAGGAGAGUUCAAUUUUGCCAGAGAUCAGGUGGAGGCAAACCAAGACGCAAAGAUAGCACUCCCAAGAAGUCAGUUCUCUACUCGCUUCGGCAAGGUUCAGGGGGCCAACUCAAUCCUCUUCACUCCCGGGUUUAGAGACAACAUGAAAGACCCGUUAGUAUGGAUGCCCUCUGACGUGGCUUGGAAGAAGGAGGAUAUUAACUGGACACUAUCGAAGACGCCCUAUCGCAUGACUGGACUGGUACUCAAUGUGAGGGAGGAGGAUGGAUCAAGCAGGAGCUAUUUCAACGUUCCAGAAAAAGAGCUUCUUGAAACCCGGUGGACGCAGGAGAUCAUUGCCAGCAGGAUGAAACUCAGGUCAAUCGAUCAUUCCUUUUCAGAAAGGCUCAUGCAAGCUGUUGCAAAUCCCACCGAGCCCUUAGACAAGAUAUACAACACUUUGUCUACGGUGCCCACUGAUGAGUGGGCUGAUUGCUACGGAGCGGAUAUCGAUGUAUACUACCAUGAGCUCGCCAGUCCCUGUGCGCUUUAUAAUUGGGAGUUGGGUGUCCACUCCAUAAUGCUCGCGGUGGACCGCUUCAUGUCCACGCAGCAGUUUGACGAGGCUUUACAGAUAGCACGGUUGCUCUUUGAUCCUACAGUGGAUCACCAGAUUGAUCGCCAGGAAACGGCGCAACCAUCCUGCUGGAAGUUUCCUCCUUUCCGAGAUAUCAGCGACCGGAUAGAUGACAGAAGAUCAUACGGCCAGCUUGCUCAUGCUGCUGCUCGAGGACGCCCGCAAGCUUAUAUAAAGUGGAUUGUUAUCAAGUAUGGAGAGAUCCUCUUGGCAGCGGGAGACAAGCACUUUUGCGAAGGCACUCUUGAGAGUCUCCCUUUAGCCAUUCAGAGAUACGUCGAGGCAGCUCGUGUGUUUGGUCCUGAGCCGGUUAAAGGGCUGAAACUGAGUAAGCGAACUGCCAUGUGCUUCGAAGAUGUCAUCAAGGACGAGGUUCGGUUCUAUCUCGAUUUACCAUUCACAGCACAGCUCAAGAGAAACAUGGACCCAAUCAAGGGAUCAGCUUCUGCUAGAGAUAUAGAUCCCAACAGGGAAACUCACCGUUCCUUCAUCAUGUCUUCUUACUUUUGCGUUCCCCUGAACCCCAAGUUCAAGAAGCUCAGGAGUCUUGUACAUGAGCGGUUGCAUAAUAUCCGUGACUCACUGGACAUCAAUGGCAAUCCCAUCGUCUACGCCCUUCGUGAGCCACUAAUCGAUCCUGGUGCUCUGCUUUCACUGAACCCCGGGGGUGCCAUGGGCGGGGAUAUGGCCAUGGUUCUGGCAGACCAGAACAUGCCUCUGACACGUUAUCGCUUUGAUGUCAAGAUCAACAAAGCUCUCGAGCUUUGUGGAGAGCUCAGGUCCCUUGCCGAUCGAUUCUUGGCUGCCAUUGAGAAGAAGGAAGUAGAGGAACUGAACGCUCUUCGAGCUCGGAACUCAACACUGAUCCAAGGUCUAAUGCUUGAGAUCAAGCAAACACAGCUACGUGAGGCUCAGCAAGCCUUAGAGUCGCUAUGUCUAUCUCGAGAAUCUCAAGUCUCGCAGCUGUCAUACUUUCUGGAGACUAUUGGAGAGUCAAGUUCAUUGGUUCCUAAUUCAAGCCAAGACUGGGUUGAUCUUGUGCAGGACAUAGGCCCCAUCACUCAAGAUGACAUGAGAAUGACGGCGUAUGAAAAGGCUGAGAUGGAUCUUGCAAGUACGGCUGCUGGCCUUAACAUAAUUGCAGCCAGCAUCGACCAAGCCGCUCAGGUCUAUGCUAUCCUCCCAACUAUGUCUGCCAACAUACAGCCUUUCGGUGUUGGAUGCAGUAUCUCAGCUGGUGGCUCGUCAAUCGCCAGUGCUAUUCAGACUGGGGCUAUGGUGAUGAGGACUAAGGGAAUGAUCGCCGCUGAAGAGUCUAAUCAAGCUGGGAGAAAGGGCCGGAUGGCUAGGCAGCUACAAGACCGACGACUGCAGGCCAACGUGAAAGGCCGAGAGAUUAAAGCUACAGACAAACAGAUUGAGAUGCAGAAGACACGUAUACUUGCAGCCGAAAAAGAGAUAGAGUCUCAGAGAGUCUCAGUGGAAGAUGCAGCCCAGGCAGAAGCCUAUAAUCGCACUAAAUACACAAAUCAGCAGCUCUAUGCCUGGAUAGACAACAGCAGCCCAGCAGCCCAGCAGGCAGAGUCAUCAUCGUCCUUUGAAAAGGGUCGCAAGGUCUCCAUCCUCAAACCGUCAGGGUAUUGGAAUACGUCCCGAGAUGGCCUUCUUGCUGCUGAUAACCUUUAUUUGGACCUGAGAAGACUUGAGGCGCUUUACCUUAAGGGUCCAAGGUGGGACUACGAGAUUACAAAAACGGUUUCGUUGCGUCAAAUUAACCCUCUGGCACUAUUGAGGCUACGAGUCAACGGCUCUACCGACUUUUCUAUCUCGGAGCACCAGUAUGAUCUAGACUUUCCUGGGCACUACAUGCGUAGAAUACGAUCGGUAUCCGUCUCAAUACCAGCUGUUAUAAGCCCUCAUAGCAGCCUCAACGCCACUCUGUCUCUCAUAAAGAGUCAGUACCGCAUCAACUCAACAGCUGCAACGGCGAAGGAGUACCUUACCACCAACUCGGAAUGCCACAGAUCUGACAGAGUCCCCAUAUCUUCCAUUGCUAUCAGCUCGGGAGCCAAUGAUGCUGGAGCGUUUGAGCUUAACUUUUCUGGACCGAAGUAUCUUCCAUUUGAGGGCGCUGGAGCUAUAUCAUCUUGGCGCCUGACUUUGCCUUGCGAGAUUCCAAAAUUCGACUAUAGCACCAUCAGUGAUGUUCUACUUCACAUCCAAUACACCUCCCUAGAUAGUGGGGAGUGUCUCAAGGCGGCUGCUAAUGAGGCUGUACGUCUUGCAGCACGGUCAAUCGAGGCUGAGGGCAAGUCUGAGGGCUUCUAUGCUAUGUUGGAUCUAAAGCACGACUUCCCUAACAGCUGGCAUGCUUUUAAAACCAGCCUCAUCUCCUCAUACAAAGCUACCAAGACGGCCAAAGGUAGCAUGGAGCUUGGUGACAUUCGAGACCGACUGCCUUUCUGGUCCAGACGCCAGAACAAGCUCGUGGUCCAGAGUAUCGCUCUUGUUUCAAAAAGCGCCAAACUGAUUCGGGGUACUACUAUUCCGUUGGCUACUGGUGAUGACCCUGUAAUCGAUAACGGUCACUUGGGGACCGGACGCUCUUCUAUGGCUAUCAAGACGUUUUUAGAUGUGUCACAGGAUAACCUCGAUGGAUGGGUUAUUGAAACAGCUGGCAGAGUUAUUGAGGAGAAGGAUCAGAUAGUAGAGAAUAUGUAUAUGCUUGUGAAAUAUUUCUUUAGUUAA